AUGCCUUCAACAGAGGGUGAAAACGACCCGGAAGCAGCUCUAGAGCGUGCACGUGGUCGUGCUCGACGCCGUCUCGGCCAAGAGCGCAUGGGUGAUGCUCCUACUGUCCAGGAUGGGUCCGCUUACAAGCUGAUCAGUGACUUCGAGCAACUGGAAGAGCAUUUUGAAGGCUUAGAGGUCCACGACAGCGAGUUCAUCAAGAAAUUGAUGUCCGAUAAAAAAAUGUCGUUCUGGAAAAAGGCUCAGGUCCUAAGAAUGGGUGGGCGUUUCAAUGUGAUGUACGCAGACUACGAAAAGCGUGCCGAAAUCCGCGAAUUGGCGAAGAAAGAGAGGAAAGCGUUCCUCGCAGCUGCCAGACAGGAGGAACUACACGCAACUGCAAGAGGUGUCCGUGCAGCGGCUC